UGAUUUUUACUUUUGCUAAAUAUAAUUGUUAAAUUCUUCUUUUAUAAGAAGUUUUUCCUCUCUCCCUAUUUCUCUCUUCUUGAAGUGAGGUAUUUGAAAACUUAACAAAUAGCAUAAGAAGUGAGGUUUUAGAGACCAAGUCUUAAACUUUAAAUCAAGAAAAAGCUGUAAGAAAGCCUACCACAUUCACUGAAAAUGGCUAGAGGAGGAGUUGGGACAAAGAAGAGUACUAUUAGGGGAGCGAGUGAAAUGUUGAGUGAUGAGAAUCUGAAGGACAUAGAUGGGCUUCGGCGUGGGCCAGACUACAUUGAAGUCACAUGCGGCUGCACUAGCCAGAAGUUUGGGGACUCUAUUGGUAAGCUCAAGGUCUUCAGUUCAGGCCAGUUUCUCAUAUCCUGCAAUUGCUCUGAUGGUUGCAAAGAAGAAAGGUUGACCCUUGAAGAGUUUGAGAAACAUUCAUCAAGAAGAGGCCCCAAAAAUUGGAAAAGGAACGUUUGGGUCAGGGUGGACAGAGCCAAAGUUCCAUUGUGGAAAAGUGGUCUGCUGAAAUAUUACAAGCACGGCUCAAACCUUCCAACCCCGGGAGACUGCAUUCGUCGUAAAUGGAACUUCCAUAGGGACGAGUUCAUUAGCUGCUCGCGGUGUAAGAAAGAACGCAGGUUUCGCUUAAGGACCAAAGAGGAAUGCAGAAUCUUCCAUGAUGCUUUGGCCACUAGGAGGUGGAAGUGUUCUGAUAGGCCUUAUGACAAAAUAACCUGUGAAGAUGAAGAAGAGAGGGAGAGCCGUAAGAACGUCAGGGGAUGUCCUCGGAAUUCAUGGUGUCAUGGCUGCACCUCUUGUGUCUGCUUUGGCUGCUUAAGAUGCCGAUACUUCGACUGCAACUGUCGCACUUGUGUCGACUUUAUGCAGAAUGCAUCACCAUAGUCACAGACCUCUUGCAUCAGUUGGCUGGUCAUUAUCAUUCUUCAAUAAAAUACUUCAACACAUUUUGUUAAGAUGAAUGUUUUGCAAUAGUGAUUGAUUUUGGUCUUUUUGUUUCUCUCAAUCUCCAAAAAAACUAAGUAGAAUAAGGUUUCUAUAGGAGGCGGUCUCUCAUAUACAUACAUUAGUUUCCAUUUCUCAUCAUUUCCUUCUCAUUAGAAAUGAAAGACUAUUUUAAAACUUAAGUUAAUCUUUUCUGAUUUUACUUAUAUUUAGAAUUACUCUAAA